UCAAAUGGGAACAGAUAUAGGAAAACAAACAAGACUUUAGAAAUAUUUUGUUGAAACUUCACUAAAUCCAUUUGAAAUAUGAGUCAGAGUGAAAUAACCGAGGACAUGCCAAGUCAAGCAAGUGACACAAGUGACAUUCGAACACUGAAGGUUUAUAAAAGAGAGGCUUAUAAAAGAGUGUUUGUCAACAGAGGAUUAUUACUGGAUACAGUGAAGUUUUAUGGCUUUGACAUGGAUUACACAAUAGCAGUGUACAAAUCUCCAGAAUAUGAAACCCUAGGGUUUGAUUUGAUAAAGAACAAAUUGCUAGAGAUGGGGUACCCUGAACCCAUAGGAGAGUUUGAAUAUGAUCCAACAUUCCCUAUAAGAGGACUAUGGUUUGAUUCCACAUAUGGAAAUCUGCUGAAAUGUGACCCAUUUGGAAACAUUAUGGUCUGUGUUCAUGGUUUCAAGUUCAUGAAUAGACACGAAAUCCAUAAAAUCUACCCAAACAAGUUUGUCAAUAGAGAGGAUGAUCCUAAUAGGUUUAGAAUAUUCAACACCUUGUAUGAACUACCAGGUAUUUAUAUACUUGCAUGUAUAGUAGAUUUCUUUUCCAACCAUGAAGAUUUUAAAAAAGUUGACAAUGGUGUGAAAUCAGGAGAUAUAACUAUGACUUAUAUGUCUAUAUACCAAGAUGUUCUAGCUGCUACAGAUUAUGUCCAUACAAAAACAGGCCCUCUGAAAACAGAAACAGCAAAAAAUUUAGAGAAAUAUGUCAUAAAAGAUGACAGAUUACCAAUUCUUUUAGACAGAAUGAGACUACAUGGAUCUAAAGUAUUUUUAGCAACAAAUAGUGAUUAUAUAUACACAAAUAAAGUGAUGAAAUAUCUUCUUGAUUAUGAUGAAAAGAGAGAUUGGACAGACUAUUUUGAUUACAUUGUGGUAGAUGCUAGAAAACCUUUAUUUUUUGAAGGAGGAACAAUAUUACGUGAAGUAGUUAGGGACACAGGAAAGUUACAGAUUGGUUCACAUACAGGACCAAUUAAAUCGGGAAAGAUCUAUUCUGGAGGUUCUGUUGAUGUGUUUUCUGAUAUCAUGGGAGUUUUAGACAAGGAAGUUCUUUAUAUUGGAGACCAUAUAUUCGGUGACAUUUUGAAAUCCAAGAAAAUGAGAGGUUGGAGAACAUUCCUUAUUGUACCAGAAUUAGCACAUGAACUAAGAGUGUGGACAGAAAAACAGGACUUCUUCACACAACUAGAAGAUUUUGAUGCUAAUAUAGGAGAAAUAUAUAGAAAUUUAGAUAGCAGUUCCAAAACCAAGCCUGACAUUAGUAAUAUCCAGAAAGCCAUUAGGGAUGUAACUCAUCACAUGGACAUGGCCUAUGGCAUGCUGGGAAGUCUCUUUAGAAGUGGUUCUCGACAGACGUUUUUUGGUAACCAAGUGAUGAGAUAUGCUGAUUUGUAUGCUGCUUCUUUCCUCAAUUUGCUUCAUUAUCCAUUUUCCUAUGUAUUUAGGUCACCUGCUAUGUUGAUGCCUCAUGAGUCAACAGUUCGACAUGAAGACAGAUUACCACAAGAAGCAGAGGUGAUGGCCAGUCGCUCCAGAGAGUUCAAAGAGGCUGAAGAAAGGAGGAAGCGUUUACAGAGAUCAGACAGUACUGUACCUCACCUUUAUGCAAACACCCCUCACCAGCUAACACAAAUUUUGGAUGAUGAAGAAAGCUUAUCAGAUUCAAACUAAACAAAUCUGAGAGAAAACUGAUAAUAUUAGAGGUAGAUUAGGCAAACCCUAUUUCUUUUCUGUCUAAGUUAUUACAGCAAAAUAUGGGUAUCUCCAUCUCCAGUACAAUUUAAUGUGAAAACAUAUCAUAAGUCCAAUCAUAAACUCAGCUUCCUCAAUAUAUCAAGAUAUUGUUUAAAGAUCACAUUCUCAUGUUGUUUACAAUUAAAAUUAUAUGUUAAAUGUGCUAUACUUUUACACAUUGAAAUUAAUGUAUGUAUUUUUUUAUUUAUGGUAUAACACUAUUGACCAAUAUAUGCUUUGUUAGAUUGUUUACAUAUGUACCAAUAUCCUUAUAAAGCUUACCUUUAUAUUGUAUUAGCUUGUUUAUUUGCUAUGAUGUGAGUGGUGGUAUCUUGUAUUGAUUUGUUAAAUUCCUACAGUUGGAAGACAAUGAAGGAUGUUAUCUUUUUAAAAAUUUGAAAAAAAAAGAUAAAACUUCAGAAAAUGAUAUACAAUUAGAUUUACAUCAAGACAUAAAAAUUAAGAAAAAGAAAUAUAAAGUUGUUUAUUAUAAUUAUAUACGGUACUAUUAUAUAUUUUUGAAAAUUUAUUAACUUAUUUUUUUAUGUAUAAAUCCAUUUGUGUUUUGUUAUCUAUGAAAAUUUUGAUGACUUUUAUGACGUGCCAUCAUCAUUUUGACCGAAAUACCUUACCAUUGUUUAACUGAAGUUUAUUUCAUUAUAUUAUAACCUCCCUUGUUACAAAUCAUAUUAAGUAUUAUUGUUUUGAAAUUUUUGUUUGUUCUGUAACUAUCUUGAAUAACUUUUCAAAAAUCUAAAAAAUACCUUUUAAACUGCAUUAACUUAGGCUUAAAGAUUAUUGUUUUGAAUUUUUUUAUUGUUCUAAAGGGCAGGAGGAGAGGGAGUAACUUAAUUAUAAAGUAGAUGUCUUGUCUAAGAUCUUCCAGUUUCCACAAAGUUAUUUUGAAGACCAUCCUCUAUUAAAAAAAAAGAAAAAAGGGAGACAUGUUAAUUGAAUUCUUCACUUUUUAAACUGUCUGAUAAACAUGAAGUUUUUCACCAGGAGGGUGACUGGGUUAUAGAUAAAAUAUUGAUAAAGACCAGUUUUAAAGUCUAACUUCAAUUGAAAAAUGCUAAAUACAGCUAUUCUACCUCACCUUAAAGGACCAAAGAUUAAGCAAAGAAAUGCUUAUGUAUUGUUUGUUUUUUAAUUUAGUGAUAUUAUUAGGUGAUAGAUCAUAUCAUGUAUUUAUUAGCUUAGUGAUUGAAUCUGAAUUCCAUAGUUUAUAAAUUUAGUGUACUUUAGCCUACAUGAUCAACUAUAUUGUUAAUACUACGCAAUGUUAUCUUUUUUAUUUGCAUUUUGAUGUUAAGCAAAUGGGUUUUGACUCAGGUUUGUAUGAAAGUUUGGCCAUUUUUGUAGAAUGAAUUGUCCUAUAAUGUUUCUGUUGUUAUGGUGAAUAGUGAUAAUAGACUAGAGAGAAACAUUAUGAUUGUGUAUAAAAAUAAGUCAUUUGUUUUAUAGCUUACAUGUGCUGGCUCUUUUUUGUCCCUGAUACUGGUACCAAUUGUCUUAGUUUUCAUUUUUGUCAAGUUUAAGCCUUGUUCAGAGUAAAGCCUGUAUGAUUCUAGAAAUAUCAUUAUUUGAAUUACAUGUUGGCUUUAAGAAAUAAAGGGUCAGCAUGACGAGGUCUAGGCCCUAUCUACUAUGAAUAUUUGACAACUUGUUUUGAAUACAAAGAUUUCUAGAAAUAUGAGUGAUAUAAUUUUACUUCAAAGAUGUCUAAUAAUAUGAAUGCGACUUAGACUUUCCGAAAUAUCAUUAACAGACAGUGUUCUCAAUUAUUGUGAUUUUUGUUAUCAAGAAAUAUACAUUCCUGUUAAAUUUUGUUUAGGAAGCAUAUAAAAUCAAAAUAUUCAAAAAAUAUUAUAUAUGUAUUGCAUAAUAUUUCCAAAAUAUUUUAUUGCCAGACAGGUAUCUAAAUGGUUAACUGGUUGAUUCUUUUCAUAACUUAUAGAUGAAUAACUAACAACAGGAUUAUCUUCAUAAUUCUGAAAGUCUGAGUUUUGGAUAUUUAUCUCAUUCAUUUUGGUCCCAAUUUAGGUCAUGACUGAUAAAUAUGACCUCUUUGGACUCAAUUGCAGCUGUAUUGUUUUGAGAUGUUUCCUUUAAAAUUUGAUAUACAAUUUUUAUUUAAUUUUUUUCAAGCUUUUAAAAUGACCUCACCAUGAAAUAUUUGCUCAGUUUGUGGUGUGAAUGUGUUCCCCUUAUAUGAAUAAGGAGAUGUGGUAUGAUUGCCAAUGAGACAACUAUCCACUGAAGUUCAACUGUAAGCAAUUAUAGACAACUGUAUGGCCUUCAACAAUGAGAUACCAAACAUUUAUCCAUUUUCUUUAUACUUUUAUACUGUAUAUUAUGACAUUGCAUUGUUCAUGUCAAAUUAUAGAAAUUAUAUUAUUGGUGGUAAAAAAAAAACAUUAUAGUACUUAAUUUGCCAAAAAAAAAAAAAAAAAUAGAAAAACUUGAUACAUCAGAUACAAUUUAAUCCUUCAAAAAAUAUUUUUGUUAAUUUUUUUGCAGUGUCUUAUGUCUAAACAAGUAAUGUAAUAUGUAUAAUCAAAGUUGGAAAAAAAUGACAAUCACAGAAUUUAUGGAUAUAUGUGAAUGUUGGUAGAUGAUUCAUGUCAAUAAAUAUUAUAUCAUAUUUGCAACAAAGAAUAUUCUCCUUUUCUUUUUUCUGUUAAAACAACAAAGUCUUUUGAAGUUGAUUGUUGGUGCUUUGUUCAUGAUCAGCAGCUAAAACCACAUCAGGUUUAACCAUCCAAGAUUUUAAAUGGAAUCUUUGUUCAAUAUUUUUAUGCAUUUAAACUUUAUUAAUUGCAUGUAAAAUGUAAAGUUUUGGCUUACCGUUUUUGACAAAAUUAGCUUCUCAUAAAAAAAAAUUAACAGCAUAUUAAAAAUCAUGAAGAGCAUUAAAUAUAUGAUCUACUAUAAAGGUAUUUUGAUGAACAAAUACUCAUUCAUAUCACUGCCCUGUUAUCACAAUUUUAUUAAUAUUUACCUCAUACAGUAUGUGAUUUUAAUCAUAUAGAUGGAGCUGCGUAGUCAUAUCUUGCUUAUGAUGUAUUGUGAAUUCAUGUAUUUUCAGGUUGUGGUUUUUUCUUUCAAAAUUAUUUAUAUGGACAGCAGGUUUUUCAUACUAAUUAACUUAAAGGACUAUUUACCGAAGAAUUCAUGGCCAGCUUAUCUCCAUUAUUUAGAGGAUAAGCUACUGUGGAUUCAUUUAUUUUCGUGGGUAUCAAUUUUCGUGGAUAAAGGAAAACUUGUAUGUUCGUGGAUAUUUAAUUUGUGGUUUUUCUGAGGUCUGCAUACAAGCCUAUAGAAAAUUUGUCAUUCGUUGAAAAUUUAAUUUCGUGGUUUACCUGUACCCACGAAAUCCACGAAAAUUGGUAUCCAACGAAUAAUAAUGAAUCCACAGUAAGUCAAAUUUGAAAUAUAUAUAUUGUUUCAAAAUUAACAGUUUUUUCCAUGGAAAAAUAUAAAUAACCUUAGGAUUACAGAUUCUAUAUGAAUAUCGUAAACCAAUAUUGAUUGAUUGGUGUAUGUUUUACACCUCAUCAGCAAACUUAAACUAACAAAGCUUGAGAACUUGCUUGUAUACCAGAAUUCAGAAAUAAUCAUGCAGUAAAAAUAAUGAACCAAGUUCAUGAAGUUAGAACCUAAGAUAUUGACUAUAAUGAUUUAUUAUUUUUACACACUUUGUAUUUACUUUUUAAUCUCUUUAUAUUUACAUGUAUACCAAUAAGGUAUGUUAUUUUCUAGAAAAUAAAGGGUAAUAGAAAACCUUGUUGCAUGUGUAUAUACAAAAAUUUAACCAAAGAAGAUGUACCAAAUUGAGAAAAUCAUCCAUAACACAAAUGUUUCAGUCUAAUGGUUAAGUUAUGCUUACAGGAUGUAUGUGUAUUUUGCAAAUGGCUUGUUUCUUAUUACCAAUUGAAUAAGGCCACAAAUGAUCAAACUUUUAAAAAUAAAUCAUAUGCUUUUGAAAUGGCUGCUUAAAUUUUUACUAGUUUUAUUGGAAAAAGAAAUCUGCUGUUCCAGAAUUGACAGAAACACUGGGAAUAUAGCAGGCAUUAAACAUUCUUGUUUUCAGAAUUGGCUGUUAAGUACUUUGGGAAUAAAGCAAGUACAGGAAAACAUUUAGGAAAAUAGAAAGCAUUAAAACAUCUUUUUUUCAUACCCCCAACCAUGCUAGUACAUAUGUUUCACUUUUUAUGCCCUCGCUGUAGCGGAGGGGGCAUUAAGUUUAACCCUCGUCCGUCUGUACGUCCGUCAGCCGGUCUGUAUGUCCCAAAAUUGGUUUCCAUUCUCUAACUUUAGUUUGCCUCAACCAAAUGUUAUGAAUCUUAUACACAAUGCUUAUUACAACAAAACACAGAUCAAGUUUGAAUUUUUGUGGUGUCACUUUUACUGUUCUAGAGUUAUGCCCCUUUACAAAUGGAAAAAUUGCUGAAUUUUUCAUUUCCAUUCUCUAACUUUAGUUUGCCUCAACCAAAUGUAAUGAAACUUAUGCACAUUGCUAAUUACCACAAAACACAGAUCAGGUUCGAAUUUUGGUGGUGUCACUUUUACCGUUCUAGAGUUAUGCACCUUUACAAAUGGAAAAAUUGUUGAAUUUUACGUUUCUGUUCUCUAACUUAAGUUUGCCCCAACUUAUUGUUAUGAAACUUAUAAACAAUGCUUAUUACCACAAAACUCAGAUCAAGUACAAAUUUGGGUAGCGUCACUUUUACAGUUCUUGAGUAAUAUCCCUUUAUAAUGUUAUAUGCAAGCGGGGGCAUCAACUGUGUCCCAUGGACACAUUCCCCAUUUAUUUUUUAUUAGUAGUUCUUGUUUGUAUAUACAUAUAUAUAUAUAUAUAUUUGUAUAAACCAUUUCUUUUUCUACCAUAUGAUUAAAGCCAAGAUACAAAAUGCUAUAACUAUUCUUGUGUUGUCUAUCUCAAAGCAUCAUUUCAUUAAAAGGCUGAGAAUCUCAACUAAAAAGCAAAUGCUUAUAAUGCUUAUAAUUUAACUGUUCUAUAUAAUGAACUCCCCAUCACACUAUUUGAUAGUUGCAAAAGAAGAAGUAAAUAAAAAAGGAAACAACAAAUUUUUCUGGGAGCAACAAACUAAAAAUUACUUUAUGUGGCAUCUGGGAACAGUAAAUCAAUAUACAUGUAUAUGUUCCUGGUGGCAUACAUAUUUCUCUAUUAAUUUUUUACCAAACUGAUCAUGACCUCAACUGCUAUAUAAUGGAGUGUAUUAUAGAAAAGGUAAAUAGCAAUAAAAUGAUGUCAAUCAUCAAAGUAAUAAUUCCAUACAAUUCUAUUAUUAGCCAUUACUGAUCACUCGUUAUUUUUGUAAUAACUGGUACAUGUUUAGCUUCACCAAAAUAGAAUAUUCCAAAGUAAUAUAGCCAUUUAAGCAUUCCUUGAUUGAUCUGUACAAAGGAGCAGGUGUGGUAAGCUGUAGUAUUUUGUACCUUAUUCUAAGUUCAUUAUUUCAAGAUGAAAAAUGUGUUCAAAUGAUGUGUGCACAUGUGAGCAAGUGAAAUGGAACAGUUUUUGUGUAGCUUUUCUCAUAUAGUGUUGCUAAUUACACCCCACAUUUUUGUCGAUCCUGCGACUUUUGUCGCAGAAAGCUCGACAUAGGGAUAGUGAUCCGGCGGCAGCGGCGUUAGCUAACUUCUUAAAAGCUUUAUAUUUUAGAAGGUGGAAGACCUGGAUGCUUCAUACUUUGUAUAUAGAUGCCUUAUGUUACAAAGUUUCCGUCUGUCACAUGUCCAUUGUCCUUGACCUCAUUUUCAUGGUUCAGUGACUACUUGAAAAAAAAGUUGUGAUUUUUUGUAAUGUUAAUUUCUCUCUUAUUAUGAGUAAUAGGAUAACUAUAUUUGGUAUGUGCGUACCUAUCAAGGUCCUCAUGCCCGUCAGACAGUUUUCACUUGACCUCAACCUCAUUUCAUGGAUCAGUGAACAAGGUUAAGUUUGGUGGUCAAGUCCAUAUCUCAGAUACUAUAAGCAAUAGGUCUAGUAUAUAUUUGGUGUAUGGAAGGAUUGUAAGGUGUACAUGUCCAACUGGCUGGUGUCAUCUGACCUUGACCUCAUUUUCAUGGUUCAGUGGUUAUAGUUAAGUUUUUGUGUUUUGGUCCAUUUUUCUUAUACUUUAUGCAAAAGGUCUACUAUAUUUGGUGUAUGGAAUGAUUGUAAGGUGUACAUGUCCAACUGGCAGGUGUCAUCUGACUUUGACCUCAUUUUCAUGGUUCAGUGGUCAAAGUUAAGUUUAUGUGUUUCAGUCUGUUUUUCUUAAACUAUAAGCUAUAGGUCAGCUAUAUUUGUUGUAUGGAAGGAUUGUAAGCUGUUCAUGUCUGCCUGGCAUAGUUCAUCUGACCUUGACCUCAUUUUCACAAUUCAUUGAUCAAUAUGUUUAGUGUAUUUGAAUGAUUGUAAGGUGUACAUGUAUUUCUUGUUUGGUUUAUAUGACCUUGACUUCAUUUUCUUGGAUCAUGUUAAGUUUAUGUAAUAGUUGUAGUAAAGCUUUCAUUUAGGACUAUCAACAUAAUAUUAAUGGUAAGUAAAGAAGGCGAGACAUUUCAGCAUGUGCACUCUUGUUGUGAAAUUUGCGGAAAUCUUUUGAUUUCAAUCUCAUUUAGGACUAGGAAUGAUACGGGUCAUGUUUUGACAUACCAAAUAUUAAAGUCAGAUAGGUAAUUUGUUAUAACAAAUAUAAUGGUAAAAGAUUUUUUUUAAUGCAUGUGCUAUGUUUCUUUAUUAUUUUUAUGAAAGCCAGUUAAAAAGUGAAAUAUGCUAAUUUUGAUGUCAUAAAAGAAAGCUGCUACAUAAUUUAAAAAGAAAAAAAUUGUUUUCUAUCCAUUCAUUGUUAUAACAAUUAUACCUUUUGAUAAUUGCCUUUAAAUCCAUAUGUGAUAGCUAGAAAUAUGGGCCAUAUUAUCGAAACCUACUCCUUUUUGUGGUAAUGCUAUCUGUAAGAGAAUUGUAGAAAAUAUCUGUUUUUAAGGCUAUUUUGUUUUGUUCACAAACAAUAAAGAUUUAUCUAUUCCAUUCCUUUUGUUUAUAGUAAGUGUAGAUGUCUAUUAUUUCUUUAAAUUAAACUUCUCUUCUUUUUUUUUUAUCCUGAAA